UAAACAAAAUAAAUAUCAGACCAUACCAGACUAAUACAUUAUUGGUAUUAGUGUAAUUCGUGUACCUACAAAAUGAUAAAACUGACUCUUUUAAUAUUAUUUUAUUCAAUUACCAGCACUUUAGCAAGCAAUGUUUCCAACAUUAGUCCACACCACCGAGUGCGUCGAAUCGUGGGGGGCGAAGUUGCCAAUUAUCCUCCUUUUGAUGACCCAGUAGUGUAUGUUCGAUUUAAUGGUAAAUCUGCAAGAGUUCAAGGCUCCAGAGAAUACCCUCAUUAUGUUUUCAAAGGAAUUAAAUAUGCUCAACCCCCAGUGGGACCAGAUAGAUUUUUGCGGCCAAAAGAAAAGUUUCUUGAAGGUGAGGUUAGAGCUACAGUUUAUUCACCACCCUGUAUCCAGCCCGUCCCUGGAAAAAAUUUUAUUCUAGGUACCGAGGACUGUUUGGCUUUAAAUAUUUUUACACCGGAUUUACCUCGAGGAACUGAAGGAUUACCAGUUAUAAUAUGGAUUCAUGGAGGCGGAUUUAGGUAUGGUUCCGCAUCACAAUAUGGGGUAAAACAUCUAGUAGGUCAACGUCUGGUUGUUGUAACUAUCCAAUACCGUCUAGGCUCGUUAGGUUUCCUCAGCACAGGCACAAGAGAUUUGCCAGGUAAUGCCGCCCUAUGGGAUAUGGCAUUGGCGGUCCAGUGGGUUCGUAACUACAUUGGAUUCUUUGGGGGAAACCCUCAUAGAAUCAUCGUUAUGGGACAUGAUACUGGAGCUAGUAGUGCCCUUUUACUAAGUUUAACCAAAAUUGCAAAAGGCAUGCCAAAUGCUGUCGUCGCUAUGUCAGGAACAGCAGUAUCCAGAUGGGCCAUAGACAAUACCCCUAGCAAUACGGCCACUGAUAUUGCUGAACAAAAUGGGUGUCCCACAAAAAAUCCUGUAAUUAUGGUAAAGUGUUUGCAGAAAGUCCCAGCUGAAUCCAUUAUUAAGGGUGACUCAGCAAUAGAAUUUCAACGUCUCCAAAGCCGAGGUUUCACUUCAGGUCUCAACGGUAGGCUCGGCACAGCUCCCGUAGCUGAAGGCGCAAACGAUGGUAGAUCAUUACCAGGAUACGUAGAAUAUGACCCUGUAGAUCAGCUUUACCGCCAGGAAAAUCCCAGAAUACCUUUGCUCACCGGGGUGACCAAAGAUGAAACCAAAAAAGCCGUUACUGGUCAAUACAGAAAUGAAAUUAUAACCCAACUAUCGUCUAUUCCAAACUUUCUUAAUAAAGUAUUAGUAGAGCAUCUACAGGAUAGUCCUGUCAUAAGUAAACUGAGUGGUAGGUUGGGUAAUAUUGGAAACAUUUCCGGUGCUUUAAUAUCAAAUGGCGAGAAAGUCUUGAAAUCCAUUGGGAUAGGACAAACGAAUAUUCUAGAACAGUUGCCUUUAAAUUUUGAUAAUUAUUUAAAGACUAAGAAGAAUGAUAUUGCCUCUAAUUUGGAUAAAAUAUCAGAGGUUACAUCGGAUGCAUUAUUUAACGUGCCAGCCUUCCUCACAGCCCAGUUUUGGAAAGGAGCCUCUACAUUUUUAUACAGUUUCGAGCAUAAAGGAAAUAUGAACAGAGGCUCGUCGUUUUUAAGAGGGCUCCCUUUGAUAGGAAAUUCAUCUUCUGAAAGUGAAACUAAAUCUGAUACAUCAGUAUCUCACGGCGCCGAACUAGCUUAUUUAUUCGAUGCUAAUGACAUUGAGGGCAAUCCUCUUCCAUUACCACAACCAACCGAAGAUGACGUGAAGGUCCGUAAGGUGUUUACAAAAAUGAUAGCGGAUUUUGCACGUCACGGAUCUAUCACAGUGGAAAACAAAAAAGUUCCUCCUUUUAAUGUGGGUGAUAAUAAUUUCAUUCAAAUUAAACCUACACCAGUUUUAGCUAAUAAAUUUAAAUUUUGCGAGAUGGCAUUAUGGACUAAUAUCGGUCAACGAUUAAAAGAUCAGUCCUGUAAGUUUUUGGGGGCCCUAGAGGCCGUUGGGGUGCAAAAUGUACUUCAGGGGUUAAAAGGAUCAAACUUAGGUAACAUACAAAAUAUUGGAGGAUUGCUAGGAGGACAAAAUACUAGAGAGGAUGGAAAUACUAGUCCAAAAGUAAUGAUGGGUAAAGGUGGGUUGGGAAGUUUACUUGGUUAACGUGGUAUCUCUUGAAUUUGCAAACAAACUACAGAUGUACUAUAGACAAUACUAAAUAAAGAAUACCUUAUGAAUU